AUGGGGACCGCGCUCGUGUACCACGAGGACAUGACGGUCGCUCGGCUCCUCUGGGACGACCCCGAGUGCGAGAUCGAAUGUCCUGAGCGGGUGACCGUCGCCCUGGAGCGCCUGCAGCAGCACGGUCUGGAGCAGAGGUGCCUGCGGCUGGCGGCGCGCGAGGCCUCGGAGGCGGAGCUGGGCCUGGUUCACAGCCCAGAGUACGUGGCUGUGGUACGGGGCACCCAGGUCCUGGGCACAGAAGAGCUUCAGGCGCUGUCGGCCCAGUACGACGCCGUCUACUUCCACCCGAGCACCUUUCGCUGUGCUCGGCUGGCUGUGGGGGCUGCGCUGAAGUUGGUGGACGCUGUGUUGACCGGGGCCGCGCACAAUGGGCUCGCUCUCGUGAGGCCUCCCGGCCACCACAGCCAGCGUGCAGCCGCCAAUGGGUUCUGUGUAUUCAACAAUGUGGCUAUAGCAGCUGAACACGCCAAGCAAAACCACGGGCUGCACAGAAUCCUCAUCGUUGACUGGGACAUCCACCACGGCCAGGGCACCCAGUACAUCUUUGAGGAUGACCCCAGCGUCCUCUACUUCUCCUGGCACCGCUACGAGCAUGGGCACUUCUGGCCUUUCCUUCGAGAGUCAGAUGCCGAUGUGGUUGGCCAUGGCCGUGGCCGCGGCUUCACGGUCAACGUGCCUUGGAACCAGGUGGGGAUGGGAAACGCUGACUAUAUGGCAGCUUUUCUGCAUGUGCUGCUCCCUUUGGCCUUCGAGUUUGACCCCGAGUUGGUGCUGGUCUCCGCUGGCUUUGACUCAGCCAUCGGGGACCCUGAGGGGCAUAUGCAGGCCACACCAGAGUGCUUUGCCCAUCUCACUCAGCUGCUGCUGGCCCUGGCUGGUGGCCGGGUCUGUGCUGUGCUGGAGGGAGGCUACCACCUCGAAUCGCUUGCAGAGUCAGCAUGCAUGACAGUGCAGGCGCUGCUGGGAGACCCUGCCCCACCUCUGUCGGGGAUCAUGGUGCCCUGUUGGAGCGCCCUGGAGUCCAUCCAGCAUGUCCGGGCGGCCCAGGCCCCUCACUGGACAAGCCUCCAGGACCAGGACACAGCCCUUGAACCAAACCCCAGUGCCUGCUCUCCAGAGGGGAGGCCUCCACCACCGCCCCCCGGGACUUCCGCAUAUGAGGAGGCAGCCAUAGAAGCAGCGGCCCAAGCAGCUGUAGCGCUGAGCUCCCUCCUGGACAGGCUGCGCCUUCAUCCCCUGCCCCCCGUCCGCACAGCCAUUGCCCUAACCUCAAUGGAUGCUACCCCUGCCCUGCCUCUUGGAGUCCUCCAUCAGGAGGGGUCAGCCCUGAGGGAGGAGACCAAGGCCUGGGCCAGACCCCAUGAGGCCCUGGCCCAGGACGAGGCCCUCACUGCGCUCGGGAAGGUUCUGAACCUUGUAGACAAGAUCUUGGGUGGGCAGGUGAGCAGUGGCAUUGCGGCCAUACCCACCCUUGCUGUUGCUGCCACCUUGGAUGUGGUCAUCCGCCGCGGCCUGUACCUUGGAACCCAGAAGCUGUUUUGUGUGGCUUUGGGACAGCUAGACCGGCCCCCAGACUUCACUGAUGAUGGGAGGAUUCUGUGGCUGAACAUUGGAGGCCAGGAGGCAGCAGCCCUGUCCAUGUUCUGCAUCUCCGUGCCACUGCCAAGGGAGACUGGGGGGCUCCUGAGCUGCAUCUUGGGCCUGGUGCUGCCCCUGGCCUAUGGCUUCCAGCCUGACCUGGUGCUGGUGGUGCUGGGGCCGUCCCACAGCCUGCAGGAUACCCACGCUGCACUACUGGCCUCAAUGCUCCGGGGUCCAGCAGGGGGCCGAGUCCUAGCCCUGGUGCAGGAAUCCAGACCCCACCUUGCAGGUGCCCUGGCCCGUGCAUUGCAUGGAGAGGCACCCCCCAGCCUGGGCCCCUGCUCUAGGGCCUCGGCUGAGGACUUGGAGGCGCUGAAGUACCUAAGAGGGCAGCUGGAAUCAGAGUGGAGGAUGCUGCAGGUGGCGGGCCUCAAUUUCCUCAUUUACCGGAACGCAGCCCCAACCGGAAGUGCGCGUAGCAGAGGCGGGGCCACGGCCAAGGGAGCCUCCACGGUCCCGCCCCCUCUGAGCAUAUUUUCUGCGCCUCUUGUCCCGGGGUCUCGCCGGUCGCGUGGCAAUGACGCGCACGGCCGCCAGAGCGGGAACGCUGGGAGCACCUGCUCGAGAGGCCUGAGGCGGCGACCCUGUGUGGGUUCUCCGUCCUCAGACUCCCUCCCUGGCCUGCGGGGCACCGGCAGCAUCCACUCGGGGGAUUCUGGCUCCGGUGCGGGGCCCCGGAGAACGCAGGGAAAACCGAGUCCGUGCGCUGUGUCCUGCCCACGCACGUGUCGUUCUUCGAGUUUGUCAAGGUUGUGCGACCGCCUGAAGGUCAGGAACUGUCGGCGUCUGCUUCCCCGCGGGGCGAGCUCCGCGCCUCGGGGCCUCGGCGCAGCUCUCGGUCUCGCAGAGGCCGGUGGCCGCCCGGCUGGGACGUCUGCGCGCACUCUGAGGGCCCGGAGCUGA